AAGCUGCUAGUGGCCUAAUAAACAGAUUCAGAAAGAAAAAGAACGAGGACUAAAAAGCUUGGAGGAGUAGAAGACCGGUCAAAUCGGUGCCCACCCUCCUUCUCACAUACAUGCAUAUUCCGUUCCACUCCGCUUGUCCCGUUCCUGUCCGAACUCCGAACUCCAAUCUACUCCGCCGCAGCCAGUCUGCCUGAUCUGCUCCAUCCCCCAUCCGCUAUGCACCAGCUUCUGCUACUGCUACUCGCUUUCUUCCUCCUCCGGUCAGCGGCGCCCAGCGCGGCACAGUCGUCAAGCUGCUGGCCGAUGGCAUGCGGGGGCCUGAGCAUCCUCUUCCUGCUGCUCGCUUCCUUCCUCCUCCGGCCGGCGGCAGCCGGCGCAGAACAGCCGGCGGCACAGUCGUCAACGUCAAGCUGCUGGCCGAAGGCAUGCGGGGACCUGAGCAUCACCUACCCGUUCUGGGUGGAGGAGCCCGGCCGGCCGCCGUGCGGGCCUCCGGCAUUCAACCUCAAGUGCAACAGCAGCGGCGCGUUCCUGAGCAGCUCCAUCUACCAGGCGUAUCGGGUGGAGAGCAUCUUCCCCAAGAACCGAUCCUUACAUGUGGUGGACAUCAACCUGCCGCUUGCCACCGGCUGCCCCGCGCCGAUAUCCAACGUCUCGUUCAUCGCCCGGCCACUCUUCUUCAGCAAAGCCAACAGGGAGCUGCUCUUCCUCGGGAAGUGCACCGAGUCCCAGCCGGAGCCUUCGGCUGGGUUUCACAGCCUGCCCUGCGACAGCUCCUCCUUUGUCCGGCUCGCCGACGGCCGAAAUUUCUCGAGCAGCCACGUCCAGGGCGGCAUCCCGCCGAGCUGCUUCUUCGCUUUCGCGCCGGUUCUUGUGCCUCCCCGGGGGAAUGGCGACGAGUACCUAGCCAGCUUGAGGAAGGGGUUUCUCCUGGAGUGGACAGAGGUGCCCGGCGAUUGCCCGGAGUGCAUGGCAAGCGGCGGGGAAUGCGUGUACGACGACACCGGGCUGACCUUCGCCUGCAAUUGCUCCGGCAGCUUGCGCCCUGAGAAGUGCGGACGAAGCAGCAAGAUAAGCAAAGCUGGAAUUGUUUUGAUGUCAGUAACUGCAAGCUUGCUACUACCAUGUAUAUAUGUGCUGGUGUGCCAUAGAAAGAGGGGGAAACUAUGUUUCGUCCUAUGCAAAAAGACUAGCAGCAGCACUGAGAGGAACAUUGAGGCCCUAAUAGUAUCACAUGGGUCUCUAGCUCCAAAAAGAUACAAGUACUCAGAAGUAACUAAGACAACAUCUUCCCUUAAUGAAAAGCUUGGGGAAGGUGGUUAUGGACUGGUUUUCAAAGGAAGGCUACAUGAUGGUCAUCUAGUUGCUGUGAAAUUCUUGCAUGAUUCCAAAGGAGAAGGAGAUGAGUUUGUGAAUGAGGUUAUGAGUAUCGGCAGGACCUCUCAUGUUAAUAUUGUUAGCCUAUUUGGAUUUUGUUUGGAAGGCUCGAAACGGGCCCUAAUAUAUGAGUUCAUGCCCAAUGGUUCUUUGGAUAAGUACAUAUAUUCAGAGAAUCCUAAAGCAGUUUUAGGAUGGGAACAGCUCUAUACAAUAGCAAUCGGAAUUGCUCGAGGCUUGGAAUACUUGCACCAUAGUUGUAAUACACGCAUUGUCCAUUUUGAUAUCAAGCCUCAAAACAUCCUUCUAGAUAAGGAUUUUCACCCAAAGAUUGCUGAUUUUGGUUUGGCCAAAUUGUGUCAUACCAAGAAGAGCAAGCUUUCUAUGACUGGUGCUAGAGGAACCGUUGGUUUUAUCGCUCCUGAAGUGCACUCUCGAACCUUUGGAGUUGUUUCAACAAAAUCAGAUGUUUAUAGUUAUGGGAUGAUGUUACUAGAGAUGGUUGGAGGGAGGAAAAAUGUGAAUUCAGUGGCUCAAAAAUCAAGUGAAAAGUAUUUUCCACAUUGGAUUUAUGACCACUUUGGUCAUGACGAUGGAUUACAGGCAUGUGAAGUUUCAAGUCAAAAUGAAGGAAUAGCGAAAAAGAUGAGUGUGAUUGGCCUGUGGUGCAUCCAAAUAUUACCAAUGCAUCGCCCUACCAUAACAAAGGUUUUGGAAAUGUUUGAGAGAGGUUUAGAUGAACUGGACAUGCCACCAAGGCAAAACUUCAGUCAAAUACUCCAGGAUCCACUUCACAGUUUGAAUGGAGAAAGCAUGAGUACAAGCAGUGGUACCAAAACAGAAGUGCUUAGCGAAGUGCUAAGGAUGAAGGAGACAAGCAAUGUGAAUUGAAAAACCUUACGGCGGUUACCAACUCUAUGAAAUGGUCACCACCUAGCAUUUGAAUUAGGCAGUAAACUUGUCUAUCCAUAUGAGUUGAAAUCUGAAGUUGCUGUGAUACUUGUUUCAAAGGAGAGGCUUCUGGGGUACUAUAAUAUUUUACAGUCAAAGUCAUCAAGGCCGGAAGAGGGUGUUAUCAGUUAUCUUAUCCAAGUAUGGAUACAAUAUUUUUUUGACAUAAUCCUAACAUAUCAAUAUCAUGCGUCUGCACACCCUGUAGUCAUCCA